GUACUUAGACUUGAAGGGUUUUCUUACUCUGACCUCAAAACCUUUCCCUGUUCUAGCACUGUAUUUCUACACUGACAGUGGGCAGCGAAUGGGCUGUUUCUGCUUUGCCAGUAAAGAGUCACUCAGUCCCUGGCGACAGCUCGCCUUCUCUUGGUCCCCACUCCUUCAUGUUUCCCUCCCCCCGCCCCCUCCCGGGAAAGACUCAGGGGCCGACUGCAAACUCUCUUCUGGAAACCGUUGGGGAAUGAGGGGUAGUCGAUGUGAGCCUUCUCAAAGGUUAUUAUUCCCUUUGGUAUAUUGUAGCAGUAACAACAUGGUAUUGGAAAACAUAACCGCCGGACUUAACGUUUGAGUUCAAGGGAUGUGGGACAGCCAAGCACGCUUGUGACAUUUGGGGGCGUGCCUACUUUACGUGUUGGAUAUUAAAAUAACUUUGGAAAUUAAUUAAAUAUUCUCGAUUUGUGAGAAUAGGUCUGAUUCUGUUUCUUCUAGCACAUACGGAGUACUAUUCUUAAUCGUUUAACCCGAAAAUCGGAAGACAACGGAACAUAUUGUACAAACCAAAAACUGUUCCAACCAUUAGUCACAUUCCUUCGUCUGUCAUAGUAAAACACUGACCCGAAGGCGUUACAAACCGUGGGGUCUCGUGCAUCACUUUAAAUACAUAUUUCCAGAAAGGUGAAAACAAUCUGCAUCACAAAAUCAGAAAGGCGCAAUCUGAAGCAUCAUUAAACGUUUGGAAUAUAUAUACAUAAUCUCACAGUUUUACAACUACUGGAGUAAGCACGCCUCUUACACAGUGAAAUCUGCACACAAAAAAAUCCCGGGUGCUGAAGUUUCCCCCUAUAAUCAAAUUACUUAUUUAAACAAUGGUACAUAUUCGAUAAAGAAAAACUAAAAGGCGCAGUUAAAGGUGGAUCUAUGAAGUAAACACAUCUAGUGGCAGCUGCUAUGGAGAUUCCAAAUCCAGCUGAGGGAGUUUAUGAUUAUCGCGACAUAGUGACCACUUUUCUGCAGUACCGUUUGUCUCAGAGGGGUUUUCUGUGGCCCCCUAAUGCACCGCAGCUGGCCGAGGCGCCCCGAAAUGUUGCCGCCGUGCACAGGGCCCUGCAGCAAGCCGGGGAUGACUUCUCCAGGCGCUACCAGCGUGAGUUCGGCGAGCUGGGUGGCGCACUACACCCGAACCCGGUGGUGGCCCACAACCUGUUCCUGACCGUGGUCAACGAACUUUUCCAGAACGAAACCAACUGGGGCCGCAUUGUGGCCUUUUUUGAGUUUGGGGGUGCGCUGUGUGUGGAGAGCGUUAACCGGGAGAUGCCACUGCUUGUGGAUAGCAUCGCCCGAUGGAUGACAGAUUACUUGAACGGAGAGCUCCACCAGUGGAUUCAGGGAAAUGGAGGCUGGGAUGCAUUUGUGGACCUGUACCGUAAUGAUUCUGUGCCCACCUUUGAAAUUCCUUGGCCCUCCCUGAGAACAGUUAUCAGCCUGGCUGCUGUUGGCGCUUGCAUCACUCUUGGUGCAUAUCUAGUACACAAGUGAUGUCAAAGACAACAGAAAAGAUUUACCUUCCAACAUGUUUGCUUGCUAUAAAAGUGGUUUUGCUGCUUAAAACAUUACAGUACAGCCAAAUGAAAAUACAUUUGAAACCAGCCAGAAAACACAUGGAAGAAGGUUUGGAAGCACUAGAAGAGACUAAAUUUAUAUAUUACUAGAUGUAGUAUUUUUAUAAAGCAUUUCCUACUAUGCAUGUUAACAUUGGGUCAUGGAGUAUCCAGAGAUUAGUAUGACCCUAUUUGAGAUUUAUAAAGCUAGUAACUUGGAGCUAAGACAAGAUGCAGACAAUAAGAACCAGUAAGAUCAUAUGACUGGAUACCUUGCUUCAGUAUUUGCAGCAUUUGUUAGAAGUACCCUAAAAUAUCUGUUUUCAGGUUUUGGCUGCUUUCAUUUCUGGAAUACAAAGCAUUGAAAGAUUGAUUAAAUUCUGGGAUGGCACUCAAAAGUAUAAACCACGAGAAUCAUGUGCACUAUUGAGAACCUGCUGCUCUAGAAAAAAGGGUCACGUAGCAAAUUAUGACAUUUAACCUAAACCACA